AUGGUGGUGAUGCGCAGAGACCUCAAACGACGGAUUUAUCUGCAAAGAGAUCUCCGAUGGAGAACAUAUCUUGGCAAAAAACCUCCGGUGGCGGACUUCUCUUUGCAGAGACCUCCAAUGGCGGACUUCUCUUUGCAGAGACCUCCAAUGGCGGACUUCUCUUUGCAGAGACCUCCAAUGGCGGACUUCUCUUUGCAGAGACCUCCGGUGGCGGGCUUCUCUUUGCAGAGACCUCCAAUGGCGGACUUAUAUGCGCAGAGACCUCCGGUGGCGAACUUAUCUGGGCCGAGACCUCCAAUGGCGGACUUAUCUGCACAGAGACCUCCGGUGGCGAACUUAUCUGGGCAGAGACCUCCAAUGGUGAACUUGUCUGCGCAGAGACCUCCAAUGGCGGACUUAUCUGCGCAGAGACCUCCAAUGGCGGAUUUAUCUGAGCAGAGACCUCCAGUGGCGGGCUUCUCUUUGCAGAGACCUCCAGUGGCGGGCUUCUCUUUGCAGAGACCUCCGGUGGCGGGCUUCUCUUUGCAGAGACCUCCAGUGGCGGGCUUCUCUUUGCAGAGACCUCCGGUGGCGGGCUUCUCUUUGCAGAGACCUCCGGUGGCGGGCUUCUCUUUGCAGAGACCUCCGGUGGCGGGCUUCUCUUUGCAGAGACCUCCGGUGGCGGGCUUCUCUUUGCAGAGACCUCCGGUGGCGGGCUUCUCUUUGCAGAGACCUCCGAUGGCAGACCCAUCUGCGCAGAGACCUCCGAUGGCGGACCCAUCUGCCCAGAGACCUCCGGUGGCGGGCUUCUCUUUGCAGAGACCUCCGGUGGCGGGCUUCUCUUUGCAGAGACCUCCGGUGGCGGGCUUCUCUUUGCAGAGACCUCCGGUGGCGGGCUUCUCUUUGCAGAGACCUCCGAUGGCAGACCCAUCUGCGCAGAGACCUCCGAUGGCAGACCCAUCUGCGCAGAGACCUCCGAUGGCGGACCCAUCUGCCCAGAGACCUCCGAUGGCGGACCCAUCUGCGCAGAGACCUUAG